GACAUUGACAAUCUAACUUUAUAAACUGGUGCAUAAAAACCUCGGGUUUGUUUUGUUUUAGUUUAAAAGUAAUUUUUAAAUGGCACACUUGAGUACUGCUGAUGAACACGCUAUAUACGCAAAGCUAGAAGCACUUAAAGAAAUAAGAGGCAAAACUAUUCACCUGGAAAAAUUGAAAGCUAGAUUCAUUUGCGAAAUUGAAGCUCAAGACCAAGAAGAAAAAUGUUUAUCAGAAUACAAACAAGAAAUGGAAUUAUUACUUCAAGAAAAAAUGUCACACGUAGAAGAAUUAAGACAAAUUCACGCUGAUAUCAAUGCUAUGGAAGGAAUCAUAAAACAAGCAGAAGAGAGUAAAACUCGUUCGAUGACAUCGGCAGUUCGUAUACACGAAGAAUACGUACCUUUAAAGCACGAAGUCGACAGAUUACGAAGGGAUUGUUUAGGAUUAGGUCGACUUCCCGAAUUACACGAAGAAGAAGGAUCCGGUAUCACUCCCGAAAAAGUAACGCAACUUUACAACCAAACGAAACCGCACACUUCUUCUGUGUUUGCGAAAACUAUCGAUUGGAAUAGGCCUUUGGGUCACGCUAAUAAUAUAAUAGGAUCGAUGGGACCGCCUCCGAUACCUCCGACGUUUCUACCGCCGCCGAAUCCCCUCAGGUUGGUGUCGAAUAAACCUGAUCAUCAUCGAGUUGGAGGAUUGGCGGCGUCGCCGCAUCCUGGUCCACCGACUCCUACCUUCAGACAGCAACCGCCGCCGAUGAAAUCGUGUCUAAGUUGCCAUCAACAGAUACACAGGAAUGCGCCGAUAUGUCCGUUAUGUAAAGCGAAAUCUAGAUCUCGCAAUCCAAAAAAACCGAAAAAGAAAGAUUUGCGUUAGACUUUUUCAAUUUUUGACUAAUCUAGUAAUUUAUUUUGAAAAUUCAAUUAUUUGAAAAAAAAGUUUAGGAACCUUUUUUCCAACAUUAAAAGUUCAAUAAAUACAUCAAAAUUUACGUGGUUCAUGCCGAACUUACACUAUUUCUUCUUCUUUUUUUUAUUUAUUCUGAAUAGACACAUUCAAAAUUUUAUAACUCCAAAUUUGAGAAAAGAAAAUGUUGGAAAAAAUAUCUCUACUUUCCACUACGGAAUUGUAAAUUUAUUAUUUAAAAUUGUGUGAGUCGUGUUAGGUAUUUUUAUAAACCCUUGAAAAAAAACCGAAUAUUUCAUAUUACAAACUGUAUAAAUUAAUGUUAUGCACUUCAAAUUCCCCCUACUAUCGAAAUUUUCUAGCAAUUUUGAUUAUUUCAAUCAAAUUGUCAAAUUCUACGCCUUCUCGUAGAUUCUAAUUAAUUUCGAAGACAUAUACGGUUCAUUAUCCGUAUCCGGUUUAUCCGCUACGUGUGUAACAGUCCUUAGUAUUAGAGGAUCGGUUCAUUAACUCGCCAAUUGUGUAACGGUCUUUAAUAUUGAAAAAAUUGGUAAUUAUCCUCUGCCGAACGACUCAAUAUGUGUGUAACGAGCCUUAAUAUCAUAUAUAUUUCGUUAAACGUCUGUAACGGUCAUUAAUAUUGAAAUAUAUUUGCUGGGCCACUUAAUACGUGUGUAUCGAGCCUUAAUAUCAUAUAUAUUUCGAUAUUUCGUGUAUAAUGGCCUAUAACUUGAAACAAAAUACUUUUAAUAACUCUCAAAAUGUGUAACGGUCCUUAAUAAUGAAAUAAUUGGUAACUUUCCUCUGCCGAACGACUCAAUACGUGUGUAACGAGCCUUAAUAUCAUAUAUAUUUCGUUAAUCGUAUGUAACGGUCAUUAAUAUUGGAAUAUAUUUCAAUUAAUUUUUGCUGGGACACUUAAUACGUGUGUAAAGGCCAUUAAUAUUGAAAAAAUUGGUAAUAUACUCAGCCGGACGACUUAAUACGUAUGUAAUGAGCCUUAGUAUCAUAUAUAUUUCAUGUAUGACGGCCUUUAACUUCAAACAAAACUCGCAAAGUGUGUAACGGUCCUUAAUGUUGAAAUAAUUGGUAACUAUCCUCUGCCGGACGACUUAAUACGUGUGUAAUGAGUUUUAAUUUCAUAUAUAUUUCGAUAUUUCGUGUAUAAUGACCCUUAACUUCAAACAAAAUAAGUUUAACAACUCGCAAAGUGUGUAAAGGCUAUUAAUAUUGAAAAAAUUGGUAAUAUACUCAGCCGGACGACUUAAUACGUGUGUAAUGAGCCUUAGUAUCAUAUAUAUUUCAUGUAUGACGGCCUUUAACUUCAAACAAAAUACGUUUAAUAACUCGCAAAGUGUGUAACGGUCCUUAAUAUUGAAAUAAUUGGUAACUAUCCUCUGCCGGACGACUUAAUACGUGUGUAAUGAGUUUCAAUAUCAUAUAUAUUCCGAUAUUUCGUCUAAAAUGGCCCUUAACUUCAAACAAAAUACGUUUAAUAACUCGCAAAGUGUGUGACGGCCCUUAAUAUUGAAAAAAUUGGUAACUUUCCUCUGCCGAACGACUCAAUACGUGUGUAACGAGCCUUAAUAUCAUAUAUAUUUCGUUAAUCAUAUGUAACGGUCAUUAAUAUUGAAAUAUAUUUCAAUUAAUUUUUGUUAAUUGAGGUGGACAAGGUAUUCAUGUAUACAAUAGCAGUAAUAUUUAUACUUAGUAUUUAUUUCCGGUACAUAACAUAAAAUCAAAAUUCUAAAAAAAAA